AAGAAAAAGCCGAUGCUUUGGACAGGUAUUUCGCCUCAAUCUUUCGUUCCAAUAUCCUAAAUUCUCACAGUCCUCCUCUUUCAGCAUACAGUCAGAAUGCUCUUGAUUCCAUUUCUGUGUCAACCGAAGAUGUGAAUAAUCUCUUCAUGUGUCAAGCCUCCCUAAGCUCUACCGACAAAGCUAUCGGACCUGAUAGAUUGUUGAAAGAAUGUUCAGACGAAAUUACCCCAUCUUUAACAGCGCGCGCUCUUCAACAGGGCACUUUGACGUUGCAAAGUUCCUCAGGAAUGAAAGGCAGCCAACGUUGUUCUGGUUCAUAA